AUGGUUGUCCGAGGAAGGACAUGGGUGCAGCAAGAGGACCUAAGGUCCAGGAGGGAGGGGGCGGCACGGCGGCGGGAACAGCGGUGCAUGGAGGACGUGAGUUUAGUGAAUGUCAGCAAGAAGCUAUGGAGGAUUCGGGAUGAUCAGAUGCUCAGCCUAACUUACAGAGCUGAGAACCAAACUGAGGACCUGUAUUGGGUGUCCCCCAAAUCUGUACUCCCAAAGUACGGUCACAAAACUAAAUCACUGCAACAAAAGGUGGCAAAAAAACAUACGCACCCCAACAUUGAGGACAGCAGGGCCAAAGGUAACAGAGAAACCACAGGCCGCUUGGAGAGGCAGCAGGACCAUCAGGAGGGACAUUUGCGACAAGCUGGAGUGACCCCCGUUGAGAGGCCCAGUCCCAUCCAGUGCACAGUCCACAAAGAAGCUCACGCUGGAGGGAAACCCUGUGAAUGCAAGAAAUGUAAGAAAACGUUCAUGUGCCGAUGGUGUCUCACUGAGCAUGAGCAAACUCACAACAAGGGGAAAAGUAUCCAGUGUGCACAAUGUAGGAAGGUCUUUAACUGCAGGUCAGACUUAACUAUGCAUCAAAGACUUCACGAGAGCAGAAAGGGCAAUGAAAAUAAGAAAAGUGUUACUUGUGGUUCUGAUGCUUUGAAACCUCAGAGCACUCACAGUAGUGAGAAACCUCAUAAGUGUAAGGAAUGUGGGAAAGGCUUCCAUUCUACCUCACAGCUCAGUCACCAUCAAAAGCUGCAUAUAGGUGAGAAGCCCUACAAGUGUAAGGAGUGUGGGAAGGCCUUCCCCUCUAUUGCACAGCUUAGUCUUCACCAGAGAGUGCACACUGAUGAGAAGUGCUUUGAGUGUAAGGAGUGUGGGAAAGCCUUCACCCGCCCGUCACAUCUUCUUCGUCACCAGCGAAUCCACACUGGUGAGAAGCCUCACAUGUGUAAGGAAUGCGGGAAGGCCUUUCGUUAUGACACACAGCUCAGUCUUCAUCAGCUCACUCAUGCUGGGGCUAGGCGCUAUGAGUGUAAGGACUGUGACAAAGUGUAUAGCUGUGCCUCUCAACUCACUCUCCAUCAGAUGGUUCACACUGGGGAGAAGCCCCACAAGUGUAAAGAGUGUGGGAAAGGCUUUAUCUCUGACUCACACCUUCUUCGACAUCAGAGUGUUCAUACUGGCGAGAAGCCCUAUAAAUGUAAGGAAUGUGGCAAAGGCUUUCGUCGUGGCACAGAACUUGUCCGACAUCAGAGAGCCCAUACUGGGGAUAAGCCCUAUAAAUGUAAGGAGUGUGGAAAGUCCUUUACUUGUACCACAGAACUCCUUAGACAUCAAAAAGUUCACACCGGCGAGAGACCCCACAAAUGUAAGGAGUGUGGGAAGGCUUUCAUUCGAAGGUCAGAGCUAACGCAUCAUGAAAGAAGCCACAGCGGUGAAAAACCCUAUGAGUGUAAGGAGUGUGGGAAGACCUUUGGCCGUGGUUCUGAGCUUAGUCGACACCAGAAAAUCCAUACUGGCGAGAAGCCUUACAAAUGUAAGCAGUGUGGGAAGGCCUUCAUUCGUGGCUCCCACCUUACCCAGCAUCAGAGAAUUCAUGCAGGACGGAGGAGUGAAUGAGGGAACACCGCCAUCAGAAAGUCCAUACAGUUAGAAGUCCCUGUGAUGGCUAACACAUCAUAGGGUUUCUCAUUAGCACUGGCAUCCAUACUCAGACCAGUUAGGGCCACAAAUGAUUGGAUACUGGUCACCAGUAAGAAACUUUACAGUUACAGAAAUGGUGGUGACUUACUUGUUCCAGAGUUUACCGUGAGGCUUUAGUUUAUGAAAAACUGGGAAGUCACAUGAAUGUAAUAAAAGUAGGAUUGUCCUUUCAGUGGUCCAGAGCCAAAUAAUGCCUCAGGGAAUUCACACCAGGGACAAACUGAGGAGGCGGUAACAUCAGAGAAAUUAGUUGUUAGCCUCAGGAAAGAAUUCAUAAUCAUACAAAUGGAAUCUUUCAUACUUAAGGCCACAUUUUCUAUUAAAAGUACAGCACAUUCUUCGUAUUUUAUGAAAUAUUUUUGAGUUUAUUCUAUAAAGGAAGUGUGGGAAAGACUUAACCAUGUUUAUUUUUUACUCCCCCUUAUUAAGAGUUUGCACAGGGUAAAUUACUUACUAACUUUUAAAUUCUUUUAUAAAUUAGCAAUGGUAACAUCAUGUGUCUAGUUGUACUGUGAGGAUGUGUUUAGUUUGUGGAAUAGCCAAAUGCAGCAAGGCAUGGUGGUGCAUGCCUGUAAUACAAGCACCUGGGAGCCAAAGGCAAGAGGAACACAAGUUUGAGGCUAGCUUGAAGAAUGUCUCGAAGAAAAAAAAAAGUAUGCCAAAGAUAGCUGCUUUCUUUGUUAUUUUCAAAAGUGUGAACUUUUAUAUAACAGCCUUAUAAAGGAAAGCCUUACACAUCCAGUGGUUGGAGGGACAUUUUGCAUUGACUGCUUCAGAACCCUUUUGAAGACAAACUGGAAGCUUUCAUUUGUACUUUGCCCUUCUGCCAGUCAGAAGGCUCACAGUUGCAGUGCAGCCCAGUUGCUGGGAGGUGGGGAGAUUUUGAUGCCAGAAGUGUUGUGUAUGCGAUGAAGGUGAAAUUGAAAUUAAGUAGGCUGGAUGGACAAGCAGAGGCUGUGGGUUUUGCCUGUCUGCAGGCGUUACCAUUCCCCUCUGCAGUGUUGCCAAGCACUUACAGUCUGGUCCUCUCAGUGGUGCGCUUGGUCUCCUGUGUAAUAGAGGAUCUGAGCAGGAGUCCACAGUGGGCUUAAGUAACAAGACAUGGGAAUGGUCUCAGCUGCAGGGAGCGCAUCUCUACCGACAGGUGGCGCCUGAUUUGUAUUGUAAUCAAAAGGGUGUGAGGCUGAGGCUGUCACAGGAAUACAUUGUCAUUGACAUUGUGGCUUCACACAACCAUGAAUCACCCUUUCUCUGAACUUGCAGAAUAAGAAAUGCAUAUAUUGAAAAUUAAUACUCAGCUCUUUACAGUAUACCUAACUCUUGGAAAAUUACCAUUUAAGAUAUUUUUACAUAUAUAUUCAGUUUCAAUAAGAUAUGGUGCUCAUUAUAUAUUCUGCUUUUGUAGUAUAUGACAUAGAGAAGCAUUAUUUUCCAAAGUAUUUUCUUAGCCAUAUUAUUGAAAUAUGUAUUCACUUUUGAUUUAGUAAGAUAUAGGAUGUUUACUUAUAGCAUUUGAUAGUGUAUUUUUAUAUCCUACUUUUUACAAUAUAUCUUAAAUCCUGGACAAGUAUUGUUUUCCUGAAUGAAGUUUCCUGAAUGAAGAACCUGCUUAAGGAACUGCACUAAUUCCUCUAAAACUGAGUCAUCUGACAGCUAAAAAAAAAAAAAAAAAUCUUCUACCUCUUCAGGACACAGGCACUCACCGCUGUGAAGGGAGCAAGCAUUUUUACCAAAUCUAGUCAGCUGUUUACAAACUUAUUGUACUUAAUAGACUAGCAAGUCUGAUCAGAAGCCAGUAAAAGAGGAACAUGGUGCUUUGUGCAGAUGUGUUUGUAGACAUGCUAAUAAGUAAACUUGUGAGUAAUAAAGCAGCUGGUGCCUGCUGUGAGGGGAAGUGGCCUCCCUGUCCACACACAGACUUCCACUUGAGAAUAGUCUCUGUCUGGUGCAGUUCAUCUGCCUCUCAUUGUAGCAUUAUGCUAAUCAGCAGACAGACUACUGCUGACAGUUUAUAACAGAAUUCAGGUAGCAAGUGGGUGUGUCGUGUGCACACGUGUGUGGAGGCCAGAGGUCGGCCUAAGAUGUCCUGCCUCAGGAGCCACCCACUUUGGGUUUUUGGUGCAGGACCUCAUGAGGAGCUGGGGCUCACCAGUUGGGCUCAGCUGGCUGAGCAGUGAAGCCCGGGGACCCGUUUGGUCCAGUAUCCUUAGCGUUGGAAUUAAAAGCAGGUGCCACAUCGCCCAGCUUUUUCAUGUGGGCUUUGGGAGAUUUGGAACUCGGGUUCUCAUGCCCAGCGAGCUCUUUACUGACUGAGCCAUCUCUCAGCCCAUCGAGAAUUUUUUAAAAGGGGGAAUUGAUUACUGAAUUUUAAUCUGCACUGGUAUAUUAAUUUAAUAAAUCUAAAAUUUAUUCUAAAAAGAGAGCUUGCACAUUUUUAUAGGAAUUAAUUAAAGCAGUUUUUAAAACGGUGAUAGUAGUACUGAAUUCAGUGUUGGAAGAUAGCUCUUUAAUGUUCUGCUCAAGACUUGAAUGUCCUCUCCCAAAUGUAUGUGUCAUGAUGGACCUGAAAGCUAGAAUACACUACAGUGAUUUUGUUAGAGAAGAUGCUGACUGCACGGUCCUAGGUGCCAGUGGCCCGUGGGUACUGCGCACCCUUGCUCAGACUCGUCUUGGUAACAGGUCAUGGUAGGGAGAGUGUAUCAGAUGGGAUUGUGCAUACACACAGGAGCGCAGCUUCUUCUCGCGUGCUAAUCCACUGUAGACAUCAGUACUUACAGAGCUAACUCACUGCACGUGAUUCAUAUGAGCCGUGUGUGCUCAGCCCAGUCUUCACCAGUCAGUGUUCAGGUUAGUUUUAGCAUCAACGAUGAGGUCAGGACACGGUGUCCCCACAUGUUAGUGUUCCCGCUUCUGUAAAGCAGGUGAAUUCCUGCCGUUGAAUCCUCGCCUUAACAAUAGAUUUGAAAUGUACUUGGUGCCUUAUUGCUUUUGUGUAAAGCUUGCAAUCAUCUCAACCAAAGUUUGUGUGCUUCCCAACUUUGUCAACCAGGACUGAAAACAUGCCUUCCAUUUGCACUACCUUAACUGCCAGCAAGGCUGAGCAUCUCCCGGGCCUUUGGGAUGUUUGAGCUUUGUUUCUGUGAAUUGCACAUUGUUAUCCAUCUCCCUUUGUAAAAUUGGAGUUGUGUUUUUUUUUUUUUUUUUUGAGACAUUUGUACAAACAGCUAGACAAUCCUAUUACCACAUUAGCAAUUUAUUGUCUUAGUCUAGCGUAUGUCAUUUGCCCUUGUUUAUAUUAAGAUGUUACCACAUGUUGUUUUCUGAAGGGCCAGGCAGUAUUUCAGGCUUCGGGGGCCUGUUUUCAUGCAGCCUUUGCAGCAUGGAAGUGCAUCCUAAUGGAACCAGUGGCUCUCGGCCACUUCUACCACAUCUCAGACGUUUGCCAAUGUCCACAGGCAUUCUUGUUUGUCACUUUAAAGAUGAUUGCUGCUUGUGUCUAGUGGGCAGAGGCCAAAAGAGAUCAUUCUCUGUGUCUUGUGAUGUACAACACAGCCCCGAAAGAAAACGAUGUCAGCUAUGUUCCUGGCCAAACAGAACUGGAUACCACCGUGUCAAUAAAACUUUCACAGAAGCAAAGCAGCUGGCGUAUUGUGCUUAUAAAUGUAGUUUUCUCACCCUUAUUUUAAGUAGCUUUUGUCUGUAUGCUGCUUUACUGGUUUUGUUUCUGAGUUAUCUUUCAUCCCAAGUAGUUUUCUGUAUUUUAUGGCCUUAAAUCUUCCUUCCUAAAAAUACAGAGGAUCAGUAGCAUGUGUGUAAUGACAGCCCAGUAUUUUUGAAACAUGGGUUUUUGUUUGUUUGGUUUUGGUUGAAAUUAUAUGAAAUAAACAUCAUUUCAGAAAAAUA